AUGACGGCAGCACCAUCGGGCCCCAUCCCACCUAAAGGUGGUGGCCCAGUUCCGACGAGCUUAAAGGCGCCAGCAACUUCGAGCACCAAUCCCGAGUCCGUUACCUCCACUGGCAGUAAGCCUUCUAGCUCACCUCAUCCAACUCCACCAACCUCGGCGCCUCGCCGAUCCACCCGUCCCGUAUCGUCCGACUUCUUGUCCGAUAAGGCUACCGCUACAUUCAUACGCCGUGUGCUUUGCGCCCAGCACCUGGCAGAUAGGGGGAGGAGCACGCCUGCGCCUAUCCAAGAUCUACUGCCGCCUCUUACAAGCCGAAACGAUGUAGAUCUUCAGUUAUAUGCCCUAAUAGCUAUCAUUGUUAAGGAGUUCGUCCAGAAUUGGUACACCAAGAUUACGCCCGAUGAGACCUUCGUCGCAGAAAUCGUGCAGAUUAUUGCACAUUGUACCCGCGCAUUGGAACAGAGGUUGCGGAACGUAGAUCUCGAGAGUUUAUUAUUCGAUGAGCUUCCAGAAUUGCUAGACGCACAUAUCCGAGCAUAUCGAGUAGCGAAGAACACGGUAGCUCGACCACCAGUCGAAGCCAAUCCACGCGAGAUCUACCAUUCGCUCUGGCCGCUGCCUGCCCUGUCCCCGGUUCCUAAAUCUGGACAUAGUAGCAUACAGAUUCAGGAAGAUAACGAAAGUGCAUACCGCCAACUGUUAGUGCAGGGCGUCCUCGCCCUCUUGCUUCCAACCGAGGAUCUGGAGAACGAGUGCCUGACGACGCUGGUUGGGCAACUGUUCUCGGAACUUAUCAUAGGCAAUCUCAUCAUUAACAAGCUCUCGGAGCCAUGGCUUAUAUGGGAAGGUCUGAUUAUACUAACGAGGGUAGUGCGUGGAAGAAACACAAUAGAGGCAUCUGGGCCUGGAGAAACGGAACCAGACUCGAAUCUAAAGACAGGCCGCGGGAUAGUCCCUCCGAUUACGAGGAAACGCAGCUUGUACAUUCAGCAGGUUUUUUGGACCGUAAUUCAGUGGGGGUUCGUUAUAGUAAACUCGAUACGACUGAUUAUCAGUACGAUCAUGCUAUCCCGAACACUCCCCCCUAGGUCCAUCCAUACCAUCCGCCAGGUAGAUCCAACGUCUCAUGAUUAUGGAGAGAAAUCCUACCAUCCUCCAACCUCUGAAGUUGGUCUACAACCAGUCAAUGUUCCCAUCGCAGACUUCAAAAUCUGGACUUGCGUUGGGAAUUUACUCGAAAUAGACGCUCGCAUGCCCUGGAUGAGCGGAACUUUGUCCAUGGCGCAAUGGGGAGCCCUGAGAGGUCCGGGCAACUUGGCAGGGUUUAACGGGAUGAUCGAUAGACUUUUUUCGCACUACAUCCACGUCUAUAUUCUCGAUCCUGCCCGUCUUCCCCCACUCCUUCGAGCCGUGCGCGGCGCUGUCUUCCCCAAUAACGCCCCAGGUCCAUCCAGCCUAAUCCCUCCUUCGUCUAACGAACAGCUGGGCGCCCUACGCCGCAGAUGCGCUAGCGCGCUUUUGGCGCUUGUUCCGAAGAGGGUGGGUAGGCUUUAUUAUGGUAGCAGUACCUGGCCUUGGUCCACCAGAUCUACUAGCACUCUUUCGAGUGCGAGUUCGCGGUCCGGACCGUUUAAGGCCGACAGCUAUAACACGGCACAUAAUGCCAACCGUACUGGAGAGGAAGUUGCACGCGUGCGGCUUACCGAUGAUGGCAAAUCUGUUAGAGACAGCCAUGCAACGUUGACCCCAGAAAGAUCAAAGCGGCAAUUUGGAGACACCGGUGUGCGGCCGACCGAGGCCGGUGGCGACAAGCGGGCUGACAUGUGUAACGGGGACGAGGACGAAGACGAAGAUGAGAACAGAAUUCUAUCCGAAAUCGAGACGGGCGUUCUCGACGUCUUCUCGGAUCCUUAUUGUAACAAGCACUUAUUGUACGGAAUUCUAGAACUCAUUCUAGUGCGCCUCAUGCCCGAACUAACCGAAAAGGGGGUCAUCGAACUAUGGGAAGAUCGACUAAGUUGA